AUGCCAACGGCGUGGAUAUGCUUUCCAGGUGCACCUUACACGCAAUAUGCUGCAGCACAAGGAGCGAAGAAUGCGCUUAUUCCAUAUGGCUGGACAUUGAGCAUCCCCUCUGAUGAUCAGACACCGUCAGAUUCUGAUGAAACGCCUAAGAACAUGGAUGCAUACGUUGCCGACUACGACUUGCUUCCGUUCGAAACCGUGCUGGAAAAUGGAAACCAGGCAAUUUGUAGCAGCUAUGUUAUCCGCAAGGCACUUAUUCGUAAGCAUUAUCUUGCACAAGCAUUGCAUACGUUUUGCGUGAAGCGCAACGAGACGGUUUCCGUCGCACCUCAAACCUGGGCGUUGGAAAUUCAGUUUGCUGAUGAGCUUGACGAGCUUUUAGCAGAUGACUUGUACGACCUGCGCGAAGCACUUGAGGCGAAUGUGGAUAUGCCAGAAGCUGAGAAACGUUGGUUCAUUCUCAAGCCAGGCAUGGCAGACCAGGCGAAUGGUAUUCGCUUGUUUAACUCGUUGGAAAAGCUAGUGUCGAUCUUUGAAGAGUUUGAAGAGGAGAGCGAUGAGGAUGAGGAUACAACGGACUUAAGCACGUUAUCUGUGUAUGCAAGCCAGUUGCGCCAUUUUGUCAUCCAAGACUACAUUAGCGCACCACUUCUUGUCCGCCCGCUUGGGCCGGACUCGGCGCCACGAAAGUUUCAUCUGCGCGCUUAUGUGACUUGUGUUGGCGGUUUACAAGUGUAUCUGCACGAUGAUAUGCUUGCGCUCUUUGCAUCUAUGCCAUAUACCCAGCCAAAUGACGAGUGCGAUUUGGGAGGGCAUUUAUCCAAUACAUGUCUUGGGGAGCGGCUGGCCGGGUCCGAAAAACUUGCGAGUGUCUUUUUAUGGCGGACAUUGGAAAAUGCAUCGAUGUGUGUACCGGAGGGCUUGGAUCAGGUUUGUGGCACACUGACGAGGGCGCACCUAGAAAAGGUUCGUGCGCUAGCCACAGACGUUAUUGGGACAGCGUUUGAAGCGGUUGCACGAGAAGCAUCGGUUCACUGGCAACUAUGGCCAAAUGCAUUCGAGAUUUUUGGUGUAGAUCUCUUGGUGGGAUACGAGAAAUUAAAUAACAGCACGAUUAUGCCAGACAAUCUGCGUGUGUGGCUCCUGGAAAUAAAUGCGGUGUGUAUACUACAAGAAAAUUGCUGA